AGAGAGAAAAAGAGCUCUUCACCUCAGAUUCUCUCACGCGCUUUAGGAUCCUUCCUGCACCUGAGUUCUGACCCGUCUCAAGAGCCGGAUCCAGUAUCCUCUCGGAACCAUAACCAUAAAUGGAGAAAACAUGGGCAACGUUUCGUAACAAAGAUCAAACAAUGUCUCAGUCAGUAGAUCCGCCAACCGAUCUGGUCGGACACAACAACAACAAAGCGAUCACUAAACCACUGGCUCUGAGUCUAUUGAUUGGUCUGAAGAAUAACAAGUGCAUCUCAGAUUCAGAUUUUGUCAGAAGCCCUAAAUCUCCUCUUGAAAUUAGGAUGCUGUCUACAAUGGCUGACCCAUUCUUCCUCAAGUCAUCACUAACCGCUCAUCUUAACUGUUGUUGUGGCCCUGCUAAAGUUGGGUUAAGCAUUGUGGAUUCUCUCGGUGAUGAUCGGAUUUUGUCACCUGAUGUCGUGUUUGGUCCAUCCUUGAGGAUCAAGUCUUCUGAGAUUAGGGACAAACAUCCCAAGUUGUUCCCCGACACCAAGCCCAUAAAGAUCGAAAAGGAAAGAUCUGGUGUUGUAUUCGAAAUCGGUGAGACUGAGCAAAUCGGUUUAAGAAACCGCUCCUUUUCUGCGAAUGAUUGUCCAUCAAAAACCCAUGUCUUGUCUCAAUCCAAGGUAGGAGGCGGCGCAGAAGGGUACAUUCCAAGGAUUGGUUCAGAAAAUGCAUUCUCAUGUCCUCUUUCAGAGGAUGAGAUGGAGAUGUCAGAGGACUACACUUGUAUCAUUAAACAUGGUCCUAAUUCGAAAACGACUCACAUUUAUGGUGACCGAGUUUUAGAGUGUCACAAGAAUGAGGAUAACAAAGAGAAGAGUGUUGAGACAGAGUUGGAUUCCAUGUUUCCUUUGGAUAACUUCCUCAGCGUAUGUAACUUCUGCAACAAGAAACUUGAAGUUGGGGAGGACAUAUAUAUGUACAGGGGAGAGAAAGCGUUUUGCAGCGCAGAGUGUCGUGCAGAGGAGAUGGCGAUCGAUGAGGAGGACAUUGAAGAUUCGUGCAUAGUUAUGCAGGAAUCUUUAAAGAAGCUCUUCUGAACAGGACGCAGCUAAUAAAACGAUGGCCAUGGGACGAGCUUUUAUAGACCCGACCAUCGUCUAUUAACUACUUAAAAAGAC